GUCACGAUCAGCUGUCGGAAGGUCCCGAUUUGUGCGGGGGAGCGGCGGGCGCUCGGCAGAACAGCGCGAUCGGCACCGGCACCAGCUCCGCGCCUCCCGCCGCUCCCCGCCGUGGUGCCGUCCACGGGCACGGCCUUUGCACUGAAGCCAAGAACCUCAGAAUUGCACUGCACCCCAUUUAACUCAGCUACGAGCUCCCUAGCAGCAAAGUAUCUCCACCACCACUGAGACCUUGAGUGCUGGUUUUAACCCUCUCUGCCCACUGCUCCCGUUCCCACGUCUGAAAGGCAGUGCUCCACAGGACCCUAACUCACAUCCCUCCUACGGGACCGCUCCCCACCAUGUUCCAGCGUCUCACCAGCCUCUUCUUCAGUGACAGCAGCACUCCAGAAGGCCUUGAGGAGCCCAAACCCUUUGUGGAGGAGGAGGAGGAGGAGGAUGGCUGGCUCAUAAUUGACCUUGCAGGCAGCCGUGCCCGCCCCGGCGCAGCCCGGCGAGGGGGUGCUGGCGGCACCGGGCGCUCGGUGCGGUCCCGCCCGGCUCCCCCCGGUCCGUCACCACCUCCGGCCACUGCCCCGGCUCCAGCCGGUCCCUGCUUGAUGGACGAGAGUUGGUUUGUCACCCCUCCCCCCUGUUUUACUGCAGAGGGGCCCGGCCCCGACGGCGUGGGGAGCAGCCCCAUGGAGGACCUGCUCAUCGAGCACCCCAGCAUGUCUGUCUAUGUCACCAGCACCCUCGAGGUGGACGGGGAGGGCCCUGAGGAUGAUGCUGCUGAGGAGGUGCCGGAGCCGCGGCUGGAGCGGCACGUUCCGCACCACAGCAGGUCCCUCUCGGUGAAAGCUGCCAUCCUGGAGAAGGUGGGUCAGGUGCGGCGGGUGCAGCGGGCCAAGCAGCUGGCCGAGAAGCACCGGCUGAGCCAGAAGGCGCUGCAGCGGCAGAACCGCACCUGCCAGCGCCCGCUGCGCCGCGCCAAGCAGCACAUCGGCACCUUCGUCCACCAGCCCUGCCAGCGCCACUGCAACUACUGACCUCACCGGGACGCCCGGCACCGGCACCGCGGGUGCAGCCGGGCUGCGGUUCCACUCCAUGCCCUCACACACAUCCCUCUGCACACCCAGGCCUCCACUCAGCAUCUUCCUCAUCUUCAUCCCCACGCCCUUCCGCCACAGCGCCGCAGCUCCAGCAUGGAGGGCCGGGUUGUCUGCUCCACCUGGCAGCCAGGCCAGCCUUCACAUGGGAAUUGGGUAUUCCUGGUGAGAUCCCCUGCGCCGAAGCCUGUUUGUCCUGAUGAGCCUGUGACAUCAGUGCCUUUCUUCCGGAUGUCCUGACUCCACGUAUAGCCAGACUGGGAUGUCACAAGCAGAGACACCGUGAAAAGAGCAACGAAGCAACAACAUUUGGGAUUUUUUAGGAAAAUCUCAUCAAUGACACUAAAUAAUGCUUCCUCCCCCCUGAAACCAGCAAACACCCCCUCCCUCCUCCAUUUCUUACCUACACUUUUACAGCUAUAAGACCCCACUGCUGGUCCUUGCCAUGGGGAAGCGCUGGUGGAAGCCUUGGCCGGGUCAUUGGGCAGCUCGUGGUGCCUCAUGGUGUUUUUUAAAGACAACCUUAAAGCAAUCUCAGGAACCAAAGCACCGUCCCAGCGCCUCACUGGAGCCCUUGGCCACCACACUGUGGGGUGGGCAUCCAGCCCAGGGCCAGGGGUAGCAUCACCAUGGCUGGUGGUCCUUGCGAGCCCCUUCCUCCUGGAGCCGCUCAUCUGCCCGAAUCACAGCUAUAAACAUGCAUACACGUGUGUGGAUGUGUUUCCCUGUGUACCUUUAUCCUUGGAAGAGGUAUAAGCCAAGGAGCAUCGGCUGCUCAGUCCCUGGGAGGGGAUCAAGGCAGGGACCUGUGCAGCUUCCCCAAGGUGGCAAAAGCACGUCGAAGCUGGUGGUGAAGGGAUGAUGAAGAGGAGGCCUGAGGGAAGAGACUGAAGUAAGGGUGAAGGUGAACCUGGGAGCAGCUGCUAAGAGACAGGAUGGGGCAGGCCCUGGCAGUGGGGCCAGGUGAGAGGGUUGCUGCACUGGAGCUGCAAUGAGAACGUCUUCCCCCCUGACUAAAAAGUGCAUCCUUUCCCUUGGGAAGGGACAAAUUCCAUUGUGAGCAGCACUGGUUUGUAAUGCAAAUCCCUCCCCUCCCCAUGAUGGACUCAUUCUGCCCUUCAAAAUGACACGGUCCAGACUUUCCACUGGCUCCAGCACCAGCUGAGAUGGCUCCAAACCCAGCAGAAAUCUGUUGUUUCCCCCCCUAACUCCUUCCCUUCAGGGACUGGUUUGUACCCCAUGCACUGGGGCAGCUCUGGCCAUCCGUCCUGCUCACAGCCAGCUCACAGCCUGGCUUCCCACCCUCUGAGGCAAGAAAUACCCCUCAUGCCCUUACCCCUGCCCUCCAGAAUGCUGAUUUCACAUGAGUUUCUGCCAUUCACCAUCUUAUAGCCCUCAGCAUCACCUUUGGACUGAGGCUGAAGGGAUUGUGGUGAGCCCAGCCUCAGGCAGCUGGUAUUUGUUCAUUUUUGAAUGAGAUUAAAACUAA